UUGUUCAUAUUUUGCAUGGUAGAAAAUUAUUUCAAAAAUAUCUCUAGUGUAUAACAGCUGUCAUUGUGCAUGUGUAAAUGAACAAUGGGCUAGACAUCAGGCUGCUUUUUAAUUUUCGAUUUGUUCUAAGAGCUUCCUCCUAGGUCUCUGGCUGAUAGGUAGCACCCUCUUGUGGAGGGAAUACAAAUAACUUUUGCACAGCCAUCUGAUAGAGUGGAACUUCAGCAUGGUUAGAAGAUGGAUUGCUAAGAGAAGUACUGCUAAAAUAUUUUUAAAAGUAUUUUGGGUGAAUAUCCAGUCAGGGGUGCCAAUAAUUCUGGAGCCUACUGUAGCCGCUCUCCUGGAAGUUAGUCAAGUAAUGACAAAUGCAUUCGCAAAAUAGGUUCAUUUGUUUUUUCUUUAUAGUUUGCACAGAAAUGCUAAUAUGUGCACAUCCAAAGGGCCUCUCUACACUAAAAGGCUGUUGAUGCUUCUCCAGCAUGGUACAGAAAGUUAUCCCCCAGCCUUUGAAUUCCUGUAAGGAGACAUUUUCUGCAGACAGUUGCUUCCACAAACAGAUGUUCAUUAAAAAGAAGUGGUCAGAGAAACCUUUGACAACUUUUCAUAUCAGCGAGCCUGCAGUGUGUAGGCCGUUUGCAUGCUGUGCAGUUUUGGUUUGUAUUCUACACUUUGUAUUUUUUAGACUUAUGUAUUCUUCUGCUGCUGUAGCCUAUCCACUAAGAGGUUUGACGUGUUGUAAUGCACAUAAUUAUUUUUGUUACUGUCACCUUUGACCUGGUUUGACCUGAUCUGGCCAUUCUCCUCAGACCUCUCUCAUUAACAAGUCAUUUCUGCUCUCAGAAUUUCUGCUCACAGGAUUAUUUUUGUUUUUCACGUCAACUCAGGAGACUGUUGUGCUUGAAAAUCCCAGGAGAUCAGCAGUUUCUGAGAUACACAAACCAACCUGUCUGGCUCCAAAAAUCAUUCCACGGUCAAAGUCACUGAGAUCACAUUUUUUCAACCAUUCUGAUGGUUGAUGUGAACAUUAUUGUAUGCACUGCUGCCACACAAUUGGCUGAUGAGAUAAUUGCAUGAAUAAGUAGGUACUUUAUGUUCCUAAUUAAGUGCUCGGUGUGUGUAUGUGGAAGUGUUGUGAUAUUCAGUCCGGCUGCGGCUCCUCGUCAGCCAUUGUGUGGUUUCCUAAUGUUUUCGCUUUUUAGGCGAGGAAUGUGCUGACCUUGAGAAUGUACUAUCCGGGGCAUGAGAUAAGACGCUUGGGAGUGACACAUUAGCAGCUCCUGGUCAAAGUCACAGCAAAAUGCACAGUUUGAACAUGGUUCUGUGUAUUUCUUCCCUCUGAAGGGUUCUUGAGUCAUAUUUACAGUAAAAAAAACUGAACUGAGAACUGAACAGUUAUCAUUCUAUUUUCUGCAAACCAAACUAUUUUAUUUGGUUAACCCCUUAAGUGACACUUCUAUGCAGAUAUGAAUGUCCAGCAUCUUAGGACAGGUGUCUUAAGACAUCUUUGGGGGUAACAGUUCCUACCAUUCACGAGAGGACAGAAGGGGGAGAAGCGGUAUCCCAGAGUUUGCUUCUCCUGCAUGCAGCUUCCCUCCCAGUCUCCGAGGGGGAGGAGAGAAGGAUUGGAGGAGGGUUGGGGUGCUGUGAAAGCAGAGAACAGCCCAAGCAGGAAAAGCACACGGUUAUCCACUACUUGUUUGUUGGUCCUACAGGAAGCUGAAAGUUCAGAUUUGAGGGUCUGUGGGUUUAACCGCGAUGGUGUUCCUGUUGAUAUCUGUGACUCUGCUGCACCUGGUCAUACUGACCAUGCUCUUCAUCGCCACCAUGGAGAAGUCCUGGUGGAUGUGGGAUGACGUGCACAACUCAGACCUCUGGUACAACUGCAUGUUUGACAAUUCCACUGAAGCCUGGCUUUGCGCCUCUGCAAAAGACAAUGAAUGGCUGGUGCCCAUGCAGGCCCUGAUGGUUCUGGCCGUGCUCUUCUCCUGCCUUUCCUUUAUGGCCUUCCUGGUUCAGCUCUUUGUACUCUCUGAAGGGAGGCUGUUCUACCUCACCGGCCUGUGCCAGUUCUGUGCAGCUCUCACAGAUUUUGCCGCCUGUCUCAUUUACACACUGCGUCACCGGAACAUUCUGCAGGACUCCGGAGAGGAGCCGGCAGGGCACUAUGGGUACUGCUUCAUCCUGGCAUGGGUUUGCGUUCCCCUCCUGUUGGCCAGCGGGGUCAUGUACGUGCACCUGCGCAAGAAAGAGUGACAUCACAUCCAGCGGAGAUGUGUGGGUGUGGAGGAGCGGUGAGGGUGUUAUUACCUCCGUUAUUGGCUGCAUCAUACUGUUCUGUUUGUGUUUGUGUGUGUGUGUGUGUGUGUGUGUGUGUGUGUGUGUGUGUGUGUGUUUGUUUGUGGUGUGUUUGGGGCACUAUUCCUUAUUACCUGUAUGCUGGCUUUGUUAGAGAAAGACCUGGAAACAACUGCAUGCACUGCAAGUGCAUACACAUAGGGAGCAAGAGAGAUGCAUAGAGAGAGAUACAGCAGAGCUUGACUGUGUAUAUAGUUGAGUGACAAAGUGAAAGUCAAAAAUGAAUAUUUUCUCGGUUGAUACAGUAACUACUUUAAGUUAUAAUAAGUAAAUAAUAAAACUAAGGUUUAUUUAUACCUUUCUACUUUGUAAAACAAUUUAUUUAUCUGUACAUACACCAAGUGAAUCAUUUCAGUAACAUUGGGCAGGCAGGAUGAUCAACCCGUACAGAUACCUUCCUCAUAAUGACAGGUAUGGUAUUGGCACCAGCUAUACUGUACGCGCAUCCCCUAUUUUACCUACUGUACAUUCAUACCUCUGGCAUCCUGUUAUCUGAGGCCUCCAAAAUAAUUCAUUAAUAAUAAUCUUUUGGAAAGGUUUCACGUCAGUUGUUCUUGCUCAUUAAAAUAUCCUUGGUCUGUCUGAUAAGUACUUAUUUGAACUAUCAGUCUAUUCAAAUGUGUAAUAUAUUAUUAUUAUUAUUUUGUACAUUCAUUUGUUUGUUAUCCUUGUAAGCAAA